AUGGCGACACGACGAGGAUGGCGACACGACGAGGGCGACACGACGAGGACGACGAGGACGAGCACGGCACGACGAGGACAGCACGACGAGCAUGACGAGGAUGGCGACACGACGAGGACGGCGGGGGCACCACCGGGGGCACCCUUCACCCUCGCCCUUGCCCCUAGUUCGCUCCCGUCCUCUGCCUUGCCCUCUCGCCCUCUGCCUUGCCCUUGCCCUCUGCCUUGCCCUCGCUCUCUGCCUUGCCUUCUCGCCUCUCGUCCGCCCCUCACCGCCCUCGACCUCGCCCUCGCCCUCUACCUCGCCUUUCGCCCUCGACCUCGACCUCGCCUCUUGCCCCCUGCCCCACCUUCUGCCCCCCUCCACCCCUCGUUCGCCCCUCGCGUCCUCGCCCUCUGCCUCGCCCUCUCGCCCUCUCGCCCCUCGUCCACCCCACCUUUGCCCCUCCUUCGACCAUCGCUCACCCUCGAACGACGACAGCGGACGAGGGACAGCACGCGACGACCGAAGGUGGCGGAUAACGAACGAACGAGGACGGCGACGGACGAGGACGAGGACGAGGACAGCGGCGACGGUGGGCACAGGACGUCAACGGACGUCAACCCGCCCUCUCGCCCUUGCCCUUGCCUUUGCUCUUGCCCUCGCCCGCCGUUCUGGUUUUCACCCCGCCUCACGCCCCUCGCCCUGCCCCUUGCCCUUCACCUGCCCUUCGCCUCCUGGUCCACACCCACCACCUGCAGCUCAAGCACAAGGGAGAGCGCGAGGAGGGAGCACGGGCACCCAAAGGGGCCCAACAAGCGACAAAGGGGGCAAACGAGCGGAGGAGGGGAUGGAGGGGGCGGAGGAGCCCCACGACCAGAGGAGGCCGCGGAGGAGGCAGAGGGGCAGGGGGGGCCGUACCCAUCUCCAUGA